GAUCAGGCGUUGCGUUGGUCGAUGAUCUUCUAGCGUGAUCCCGUCUGUCCAAAAUGCGUCUCGGAAGUCAGUUUCGAUCGGUCGGUCGGCUGAAUCGGUCGCGAUAAUUUCAUUCUGAGGAAGAUGUUAAGUGCUCAGUCAGUGGUAGCGCUGCUUCUGUUCGUUGGUGUCAGCUCGGCGGCGGAAGUGUUCAAAAAUGCAGGGUUUCAGUGUGGCAUCCCGAAGAACGCCAACACACUGCUGAUCGUGAACGGCGUGGAUGCCAAGAUCAGCGACUGGCCAUGGCAUGCUGCGGUUCGGCAGCACACGGCGAACGGUCAGGCGGAGUACGUGUGCGGAGGAACGCUGAUAAGCGAGAGGUUCGUGGUCACGGCCGCGCACUGUACCAUGGAUCCGGACAAUCCGAACAGAAGGGUACAGUUGUCGGUUCAAGUUGGGGUCAAUGCUGUGGGAUCUCCCGAGGGACAGGUUGUUAAGGCGCAGAAGAUCCACCGUCAUCCAGGGUUUUCGCUGGACGAUCUGAAAGACGAUAUUGCGCUGAUCGAACUGGAAAGUCCGGUUCAAUUUAGCGACUCGAUUUUGCCGGUAUGCAUCAGCAAGAGAACAAGUUUGGAUCCGGGCAAACUGGGUGCCGUUGUAGGCUGGGGAUUCACCGAAAAUGAUAUCAAAUCGACGACUCUAAAGCUGGCGAAGCUUCCUGUGAUCGAGGAAACUGAAUGCAAGCGCAAGGAACCGGAACUGUACGGUAGGGUGUUGACGGAUAAGGUCUUCUGUGCGGGUUACACGAACGGAACUUCAGCUUGUAACGGGGAUAGCGGCGGUGGAAUCGUCUUCGAGCGAGGUGACGCCUGGUAUCUGGGAGGUAUUGUGUCGUUCACCAAGGCCAAGGAGGGCGAGGAUCGAUGCUUGUCGACUACGUAUACCGUGUUCACGAAGGUGAUAUCAUAUUUGGAUUGGAUUGCGGGCGUUACAAAUACAGAUUUCAGUAACGAAUACGGAAUUGAAAAAACGGUCCCAUGUUCAGCACCUGGACAAGCCAACGGAAACUGCGUCCCGGUUCAGCAGUGCCGAAACCUUUUCGACGAACUGAGAUCUCCGCUGUUGACCAAACAAAUUGCCACCGAACUUCGACAAAAGGUUUGCGAACUACGUGGAGUCCGUCGUAGUGUGUGUUGCGAUCCAAGCGAAGUGGAAAAAAUUGUAAUUCAUCGGAAUGCCGUUCUCCUACCUCGGGAGUGUGGACUUUCCAAGCGACCUCAGCAAACGACAACGGCUGUCCGAGCGGGAGUUUUCGAGUUCCCGUGGAUUGCGAUGGUUCGAUCGAGUAAGGCCACUCCCGAUCAUGAUCCCUACUGUACCGGAUCGCUGAUCAACAACCGCUAUGUUCUGACUUCGGCUGCCUGCCUUAGGGCCAAGGAACGCAAAGAUCUUGACUACGUCCGGCUAGGUGAACAUACACUAAACACCCCAAGGGACUGUGGCACCUUCACAGAUCCGGUGACUCGGCAGUCCGUGCAGGAAUGUGCUCCGGCUCCGGUAGAUGUCAAAGCAGUCCUACCGUUCACAAUCCACCCCAAAGCCGGUAAACCCUUCCGUGGAAACGACUUUGCCCUAGUUCGAAUGGUUGACAAGGUUCAAUUCACCGAUAACGUCCAACCGGUCUGUCUCCCGAUCCGGGAAGACCUUCGCAACCACCUCCCGACGAAUUUCGUCCUAUCCAUGUACGAGAUCACCGUCACCAACAACCAGUACGCCCAGGAGCUCUACAAAACCCGUUCGGUGUUCACCGAGCGGGAGGAAUGCGAGGAACGUUUCGAAGACUACGGCUACACCCCGUGGGUCACGGACAAGAUGUUCUGCGCGCUGGCUCAGGGACCCAGCUAUAUCUGUACUCCGCACCUGGGAGCUCCGCUGGUGUCGAUGGUGCAGCAGGGUGCGGUUGAAAGGGCCGUCAUGUACGGGCUGUCGAUGAUGGGACCUAGUAAUUGUACGAUCGCCCAGACCAUUGCCAAGACGUAUCUGCGAGUGCCGCUGUACGUGGACUGGAUUCUGGAGAACAUUGAAAAGUGAGAGUGGGUAUUAGCUAGUAUUGAAGUAGUGUACAAUAAAUGGUAAACUUGAA